UUUAAUUUUGAAGGGAGGUACAACCUUGUGAGAUUCAUUAAAGAAAUUCAAGCUCAAGGCCUCUAUGUAAGCCUUAGGAUGGGUCCCUUUAUUGAGUCCGAAUGGAAAUAUGGAGGCUUCCCAUUUUGGUUGCAUGAUGUUCCAGGAAUUGUUUUUCGGUCUGACAAUGAACCAUUCAAGUUCUACAUGAAAAGAUUUGUGGAAAACAUAGUGAAUUUGAUGAAGUUUGAGAAAUUGUAUUAUCCUCAAGGAGGUCCGAUCAUAGUUUCUCAGAUCGAGAAUGAGUACCAAAUGGUGGAGCCUGCAUUUCAUGAGAGAGGACCUCCUUAUGUUCGCUGGGCAGCAUCUAUGGCUGUGGGUUUACAAACUGGGGUCCCAUGGAUGAUGUGCAAGCAAGAUGAUGCUCCUGAUCCAGUGAUAAAUACCUGCAAUGGAUUGAAAUGUGGAGAGACAUUUGCAGGGCCAAAUUCACCUACAAAGCCAUCACUUUGGACAGAAAAUUGGACCCAAAGAUACCCAGUAUAUGGUAAGGAACCAUCCAUGAGGCGUGCCGAAGAUCUAGCAUUUUCUGUCGCACUGUUCAUUGCAAGAAAGAAUGGAAGCUUCGUGAACUACUACAUG